CACUAGGCAUAUUAAUGUAAUAAUGUAAAUUCACAAAUUUUUAUUUUGUUUUCGACAAUAAAAAUCUAUUUCAAGGUAGUUUUUACGUUGUUGCGUUGGUAACACUGCGGGCUGCCCACUACUGAGUUCUCAUUUUCCAAUUGAUUUUCCGAUUUCCACCAUUUUCGAUUUGUUAAUUCUACUAGUCUUAUCUCCGACCGAGGUAUUUGAAUAUUUUCUUAAUGACGUAAUUUUGUUGAUUUACCAAUAUACUUUGCGAGUUUAACGAUCACUUUGUAUUACUUGUAAGUACUUGCUUGUUGUUCCAGAAGGUCGAUUUACGAUUUUCGACUCGAAGCAAACAUGGCAUUAAAAGCUGUAGUCGGACAAAGUAAUAUAUUUAUAUUAUUGUUGUAUUGUUAAUGUAAUUGUACAUGUCAUUGGGCAUAAAUAAUAAUUUAAUUUAUUAAUUUAACAGAAAUCAUGAACGAGGUCAUAAAACAGAAAGGCGUGAAAAAAGGGGUAGAUAAAGGGAUAGAAUGGCGCGUUAUGGUAGUUGACCAGCUGGCAAUGAGAAUGAUAUCGGCUUGUUGUAAGAUGCAUGAAAUCUCAGCUGAAGGCAUAACUAGUAAGUGUUAGCUUUAAAGUUCAUAAUCUUGUACUUGUACUUGUUCAUUAGUUUCAAAUUUGUUUGUUCUUUAGUUGUCGAAGAUCUCCAGAAAAAACGUGAACCAUUGGCUACAUUGGAAGCUGUUUAUCUUAUUACUCCAAGUGAAAAGUCUGUUGCUGCUCUUAUUAGAGAUUUCUCUAGCCCAGGAAAAUCAAUGUAUAAAGCAGCUCAUGUUUAUUUUACAGAAGGUAAAAUAUUUAAAUUUUUUAAUUUCCUUAUUUAAUUGUUUAAAUUAUUUUAAAUAUUGUACUUUUUAUAUUUUUUAAAUAUUAUCAUAUUUUUUGGUACCUACCCAUAUCUGAAAACAUUUAGGAAAUUUAGAAUCUGUAUAUUGGGUGAAUUAUUCAAUUUUUGUUAUCCAUUUUAUUAUCAUAUAGCAUGUCCCGAUGAGUUAUUCAACAAGUUAAGUUUGUCUCCAGCCGCAAAAUUCAUUAAAACUUUAGUUGAAGUUAACAUAGCUUUCAUAGCAUAUGAACAACAGGUAAAAUUUCACGAUAAAUGUUAUCUUUUAUAAACCAAUGGUGGAAGUUUUUUUUUGCUUAUUCGCAAUAAUAUAUUUAUUAACAAUAUGUGUGAUGAAAUUUUAUGUGCUGAAUGAUCUAUGUCUUUAUUUUUAUGGUUUUGGUGUAUUAUUUGAAAAAUUAUUAUUGUAGGUAUAGGAUUUAUGAAAAAAUUGUUGGCUUUAAACUAAAAUAAUAUGUUGAAUGACUUGCAUAACACGGGAACUAUAAAUCUAAUCUAUGUUUGCUAUUAUUAAAUUAUUUUUAUGUUGUUGAACAUACUAAUAUGGUAUUUAUUUUACUGCUUUAUUUUAACAAAAGUAUGUCAAGAAGAACUUUUCAAUGAACUAUGCAAAUCAAUUGCUGCCAAAAAAAUAAAAACACUCAAAGAGAUUAACAUCGCUUUUCUUCCUUAUGAGCGUCAGGUGUGUGUGUUUUUUAACCUGUUAUAUUAAGAUAUAUAUAUAUAUAUAUAUAUAUAUAUAUAUAUAUAUAUAUAUAUAUAUUCAUAUGUAUAUAUAUAUAUUUUACGCUUAGCUCUUGAAUUUUAUUAUUAAUUUUAACUAGUAUUAAUAUAACUAGUGAUUCACAUAUAUUUUUUUAUGGUAUAUCUAGUGCUUUAAAUUUAUACGUGUAUGUGAAUCUUCGAAUAAAAAUCCCCAUAAAAAAAAUUUUUGUUACUAUUGCCAAAUGUUGGUAUUAUUGAUAAAAAUAUAUAUUUAAUAUACAUUAAUAUAAGUAUACAAUUAUUUUAGUUUUAUUUAAAAACUAUCAAUAAGGACCUAGUAAAUAUAAAACAAUAAUAAUUAUUUUGAUACACUUUUGUCAUGGUUAACUUAUUUCAGUGUAUAAUAAAAUAUUUCUGACUUUAAUUUUUAAACAAUAAAGAAAAAGAGAAAAUAACAUUACUUAUUAGUACUAUAAAUUAGUUUUAAUUUAUAUGAUAUUUUUUAAAUAGUUCCAGCAUUUAGUGUUAUUAAUAAUAUUAUAUAUGAUUAAAGGCAGCUUUGUCUCCUAAACUUACCCGAGUCAGACAAAUAGACUGUUUUUAAUAUUCAGAUUUGCCGAAUAACGACAGUUGAUUGAGCUUAACAAAAAAAUAUGGGUUGGGGAUUUUUAUUUCGAAUACCUUUUUAUGUAUUUUGGUAUAGUUCGCAUAUAUAUCUUAUGGGAACACCAUUGUGUAAAUAUAUAAUUUUGUUUUUCUUUUAAUUAAAAUGGUUUUUAUACACAUUCAUAGGUAUUUUCUCUAGACUCGCGCGAAACAUUUCAAUGUUAUUAUAACCCAUUGCUGGUAAGUAGUCGUGUCCCUAAUAUGGAACGCAUUGCCGAACAAAUUGCUACUGUUUGUGCUACAUUGGGGGAGUAUCCGUCAGUACGCUAUAGAAGUGACUUUGAACGUAACGCUGAAUUAGCACAAAUUGUUCAGCAAAAAUUAGAUGCUUACAAAGCUGAUGAACCAACAAUGGGUGAAGGUCCAGAAAAAGCUCGUUCACAGUUAAUUAUACUUGAUAGAGGAUUUGAUUGCGUAUCUCCAAUUUUGCAUGAACUUACUUUUCAAGCUAUGUCUUAUGAUCUUUUGCCAAUUGAAAAUGAUGUCUAUAAGUAAGUAAUAUUUUUAAAAUAACUUGGUAUUAUUGUUUUCUCAUUUUUAAUUUUAAAUUAAACAUUUUUUAUAGAUAUGAAGCUAAUGCUGGUGCUCCUUUAAAGGAGGUGUUGUUGGAUGAGAAUGACGAGCUCUGGGUAGAACUUAGACAUCAACAUAUUGCUGUGGUUUCCACGUAUGUGAAUGAUUACAUUUAUUUCAUAUUUUAUACUAAACUAUUUCUUUUUCUUGUAGUAAUGUGACAAAGAAUUUGAAGAAAUUCAUUGACUCAAAACGCAUGUCUGCUGGUAAUGAAAAUAAGUCUUCCAUGCGAGAUUUAUCUACGAUGAUAAAGAAAAUGCCUCAAUAUCAAAAAGAAUUAAGCAAAUAUUCUACUCAUUUGCAUUUGGCUGAAGAUUGUAUGAAGUGUUAUCAGGGUAAUGUGGACCGAUUGUGUAAAGUAGAACAAGAUCUGGCUAUGGGUACAGAUGCAGAGGGCGAGAAGAUCAAAGAUCAUAUGAGGUGCAUUGUACCUAUACUAUUGGAUCAAAAUACGUCCAGCAAUGAUAAAAUGAGGAUUAUAUUAUUGUACGUUUUGUCUAAGAACGGAAUAUCAGAAGAAAAUCUCAACAAACUAAUACAACACGCCCAGUUGUCAGCAUCUGACAAACAAGCACUUGUCAAUUUAACCUUGCUUGGCAUAAACACUAUCGUCGAUGUAAGAAAUUUAUGUUAUUAUUAGAGUCUGGAUUUAAAUGCACUUAAAAUUAUCAAAAAUUUCCUUUAACAAUGUUACAUAUUGAUUGAUAAAAAAAAAUAUGGAUAUUUUGAAUUUAAAUUAUUAAGUCGUAAUAUACUAAGUGUAUUUAAUUGAUGGUUGUAUUAUGUACAAAUACUAUAAUAUUAUUCUCGUAUAUUGUACAAAAAUGCAAUAAAAUUAAAACGAUUCUCUACAAGUGAAUAAACAUUGAACAUUUCUAAAAAACUAAAACUAGGCUGAAUAAAAGUUUCAUCUUUGAAGUCUCGUGUUAUAUGAAUCAAAUUAUGUACUUGGAAAAGCAUUAUCUAAUAUUACUCAAAAAAAGAUUUAUUUUGUAUUGAAAUCCAAACUCCCUAGUUGUUAUGAAUACAAAAUUAAAUUAAUAUUUUAAAUAUUUCAGGGUAACCGAAAGAAACAAUACCAAAUACCACGUAAAGAACGUAUCACUGAGCAGACAUACCAGAUGUCACGUUGGACACCUGUAAUCAAAGAUUUGAUGGAGGACUGUAUUGAGGACAAAUUGGAUGCUAAGCAUUUUCCUUUUCUAGCUGGUAGAGCUGCUUCAUCUGGAUACCAUGCACCGACUAGGUGUGUGUAUAGUCUUUAUUUACACAUAAUUUCUUAUUAUUUUUACCUAGUAAAUUACUUGAUCCCUUUUUAGUUGGUUAGAUAUUUAUUCAUUUUAUUUGUUUUAUUCUAUAUUAGUGUGCUUACUAUUUUUAAAACUAAUUGUUUUGGGGAGCGCAAAUUUUACGAAAAAGUAAAAAAAAAUUUUUUUUAAAUUUAACAAACAAUUUAAUUGGAUUUUUAACUUAGAACUAAACAAACUAUCUUUAUAAUCGUACUUAAAUUGAUCCUUUUUAUGCCAAAUCAAGAACUCUAUACUUCUACUCAUUAUAGUCAAUAAAAUUAUUAUUAUUGUAAUUUAUAUUUUCAUAAAAAGAUCAUGGUUAUAAUAAAAAGCAUAAAGUAAAUUAAAUAUUGAAAUAUUUAUUUUUAAACAAAAAUAAUAUUCUCAUUUAUUUAUUUUUAAAAAAAAUUUAAUCUCAGUACCAUGGCACUGUUAUUUUAAUAAUUUAUUUAUUCAAACUAAUAAUUGAAUGAAUUUUUCUAAACAAUUUUUUCGUUAGUGUCUUCUUAAAUCUGUAAUUCUUGAUAUUCUGCAAAAAUAUAAAUAAUACAGUGAAUAAAUCAUGUUUUAAUAGUUACCUUUUUAAUGUAUACAUGGGUUUCAUUCUCUGUCUAGCCAUAUGAUACACACCUGACUUUCUAAAAUGUAUCUACUCCACUAGAACAUUUAUAUCUAUUAAAAAAAUAAUUGCUAAAUUUAACAUAAUUAUUUUCACAAAGAAAUUUUUUAAAAAUUAGUUUUCAAACUUAUUGAAAAAUCAUUCAUAUAACUUUUAAGUUUUUAAUCUUUUAAAUAACGGAAUAUUUAAUGCUGAAAUAAAAAAUAUAGAUUUUGCAAAAGCUAUCCCCAAAAUAUUUUGAAAAAUUUAGCUUCCGAGAUUUAUGAUUCAGUUUAUGUUCUAGUAUUGAGUAUAACUUCUGUAAUCAACAAAUCAAUAAUCUUAACUUUUUUGGAAGUAUACAUUACAAUAAUAAUAGUUAUUUACAAUUUGUUGGUAUCAAUUUUAAGUAGUAAAACUUUAACGGUUUGACAUGAAAGAGUUAAUCUUAGGUAAUAAUCGGGUCUACAAUAAUGAUAUCAUACAAUUGUUUGUUGUAUUAAAAUUUAAGGAUUAUGAUUGAUAUUAGUUUUUGUAUUACAAAUUAUAAAAAAUGUUGUAUUUAUGUUUGUAAUUAUUGUGGUGACAACUUUAACAAUAUCAAUGCUAAAAAUAGAAAAUGUUGGUGUCAGGGUAAUAAUGCACAAGUGUCUUGAUUAAAUUUAAUUUUAUUCAUUCCCAAGUGUCCAAAAUAAAUUAUUCAAGUUAGAAAUUAUAGAUUUAGAAUAUUCUUCUAGUAUAAAAAUAAAAAAUAAUUGAUCAUAUAAAAAAUACUUUCAGUAAGUUAUUGUAUUGGUUAAACAUGUUCUAAUUUUUUAGAAUUAUUUAUUAGCGGUUUAAAUUAAAAUAAUUGACAGUUAAUAGCAGUACUAAGUCAUCUUUGAACAUUUUAAUCUUAAAAAAAAAAAACAAAUUAUUGUGUUACAAUUAAACAAUGUUUAUUUUUAGUGCACGGUAUGGACACUGGCAUAAAGAUAAGGGUCAACAGCUUAUCAAAAAUGUGCCCAGAGUAAUAGUAUUUGUGAUUGGUGGAGUCAGCUUUUCUGAAAUCAGAUGUGCAUAUGAAGUGACAAAUAACUCCAAAAACUGGGAGGUUAUAAUUGGUAAGAAUUAUUUUAUCAUUUUUAUAUUAUUAUAAAAUUCAGGAUUCUUAUAAAAAUCUGUUAUAUUUUUAUAGGCUCAUCUCAUGUUCUCACCCCAGAAGACUUCCUCAACAAUUUGUCUGCUUUGAGUCAAUAAACAUUGUUUAAUUCUUUCAUGCUUCAUAAUGUUUUAUUUCUUCAAAGUAUUAUUUAAUGUAGCUUUAAAAAUAUUUAUGUUAUAGGGUUUAAUACUAAUUAUUAACAAAAAAAAGAAACCCAUAAUUAUUCAACCUAGUAACCCUUGAUAUUUUAAAGUUUUUGCAUCAAUUAAAUAUUAUUUUCCAAAAUAUUCUUAAACUGUCCUUUUAAUUUAAUUCUUAUUAUCACCUAAACGUAAUAUUUAUAUUUUAUAAUAGUUUUUAUUAUUUGUUAUUUAUUUAAUUUUAAAAUUUUAUUUGUUAAUUAAAUUAUUCAUUUGAAUAACUUUCAUUAUUAUUGUUAUAACUAUAUUUCACUUAUUAUAGUUUAAAAACAUUAUGUAUGUAUUAGACAUAAUUAUUUCUUUCAACGGACAUUCCGCAUUUAUGUACCUAUACAUUAACUUAUUUACAGAAUUAUGUCAAAUUUAUAAACUUAACAUGUAUUUACAUUUAAAUAACUGCUGCAAUUAUUGGAGUAUUUAGCCACUUUAACUGAUCGGUUAACUACUAAUAGUUUUAUUUCAUUUAACAUGAAUUUUGUUUUUCAAAGUAUUUACUUAUUAUAUAUUGAUUAUUAUCUAGUCUUUCACUUUUGUUUUAGGCUUCUAGCACUUAUAAAUCUUUUAAUCGUAUAUACUUUUACAAAAACCACAAAUAUUGCAUAAAUGUGUUGUUUUAAAUAGCUUUCAUCAUUAUAAUACAAACAAUUCAUUAUCAUAAUGUAAUAUGACUGUUAAAACUUUUUUAUGGAUAUCUUUUAUUAUUAUAAUUCAUUAAUAGUGAUUCUUUUUCUGGUUUUACCAGCAAUUAUUGUAUGACUUUUUACUGUAUUAACUUAUUUAUUUAACUAUUUAUAGAAAUUGUUUAAUAUUAUGGUACUUAUUUAUUUUUUUAAUAAAUUUAAAUACUUAUGUCUUAAAUAGUUUUAAAUGUUAUAUAUUAAAUAUACAUUUACUUAGACGAUCAAUAUUAUUUAGUCUUCGUCAAUAUUAACUCAAACGUUGAGUAUUUUGUAGUCUGAUCCAAUAAAACUGUCUUAUAUUCUUACA